UCUGAGACUGAGCAAUGGCUGCUGCUGCCGGUCUGGAUGUUCACCUCCACCCCUUGGUUCUCAUCAACAUUUCUGACCAUGUUGUUCGUUUUCGAAGUGCAAGGCGGUCAGAACGAGUCCUUGGAGCUUUGCUCGGAGCACAAGAGGGCAGGCGUGUGGACGUGCACAACUCGUUCGAGCUUGUUUGUGUAGAAUCUGGAGGCCAAAGGUCACUUGACCUCGAGUUCUUCCAGCAGCGAUUGUCACAGUAUUUGGAGGUCUUUCCAAGAUACGAGUUUCUUGGUUGGUAUUCUACAGGACCUCAACCGGAAGAAGCUGACAAGGCCCUCCACAAAAAGAUCCAGGAGGUGGGAGCAAAUCAGAACCCCUUUGCCCUCCUCGUUGAUGCUGACAAAAUGUCUCGGGAGAAGGCAUCUCAGUCUGAGGAGCUUCCGGUGAAGGUUUACGAUGCUACCAUCCACAUCGAGCAGGGUGAGGCUACAGUCACAUGGAACGAGGUUCCCUACAUCAUUGACACUCUUGAAGCAGAGCGAAUUGCAGUCAAUCACGUGGCAAAAUCUGCCACAACCGCUGCAGCAGGCUACUCCUCGGACUUCACGCAGCAUACCAGCGGCCUUUCAAAUUCAGUGGUGAUGCUAAGCAAUCGCAUCAAGGAGCUCUUGGAGCACAUGAAAGAUGUCAAGGAAGGCCGGGCGCCCAAGAACCAAGAGGUCCUGCGGCAGACUCUGUCUAUUUGUCAGGCAUUGCAGUCUGUGCAUCCGUCUUCCGUGAAGCAGGAGUUCUGCAGCGAAUUCAAUGAUGCAACACUUGUGGUUUUGCUGGCAACACUCACCAAGGUUUGCUCGAACACCUCUGAUGUUCUGGACAAGUUCCAGCUUGCGUACGACAGGAAACAUCGCCCGCGACACCACUAUCCAUUUGGCUGAGAUACAGCUGCAGCCAGCUUUGUACAAAGCACCCAACAAUUGUCUGCUGCAAAA